AUGUCGAACUUGUUACAAGGUUGUACUUUCAAAAACGCGCUGUUGAAGGCAGAAGGGCCUUCGAUGGGUCUUUGGCAAACUCUUCCUGGUGCAAACAUCUCACGAAUUUUAGCAAGGGCAGGCGUCGAAUGGGUAUUGGUGGACUGCGAGCAUGGAAAUAUCGACGAUGCUGCCAUGCACGAAGCAGUUCCAGCGAUCGCGAGUUGUGGUGUCAGUCCUCUGGUCAGAUUGCCCGAUAUGCAAGGAUGGAUGAUCAAGCGUGCUCUCGAUUCUGGAGCUCAUGGUGUUCUGAUUCCACUUCUCAGAACCGCUGAGGAAGCCAGGAAGGUAGUUGCGGCUGCCAAAUUUCCUCCUCAAGGGCAACGGGGACUAGGAUCUCCAUUCGCUAUGGAGCGCUUCAACCCCAUCCCAUCAAUGACGGAGUACUUGCAGAAAGCCAAUGAUUCUCUUGUAACGAUGGUACAAAUCGAGACGAAGGAAGCUCUCGAUGCGGUUGCGGACAUUGCUGCGGUGCCUGGUGUUGACGUUCUCUUCGUCGGCCCUUUUGACUUGGGGAACAACAUUGGCUAUCCCAUACUCGAUGGUGUUAUGAAGCCUGAAUUGAAUCAAGCCAUUGACCGCAUACUGGAGGCGACCCACAAGGCAGGCAAGAAGGCAGGCUUCUUCGCUAGUAGUGCCGAGCAAGCGAAGGCAUAUGCGGACAAAGGCUUCGAUAUUAUCAGUGCUGCCUUGGACGCGACAAUCUUGCAGUCCUCGGUAGUAGAAUCAUUAGCCACAGCCCGAGGCCAGGCCAGACCUAAUACUGGCGGGAAAUACUGA